CAGCUUUAUCUCCUCUCCCUCAAUUCAGUCCUCCAAAUCUAUAUCCCUAAUAUCUUCAUCGUCUAAUCUCGACUUCAUCUUCCCCAGCUCUCUAUCUCAGUUAAGGUAUUGUGAUUCUUUGGCUGUUUCAUGGCUUCCACUGCAGGCCUGUAAGUUUCCAAAAUUCGCAGCUGUGGGUUUUACCGGGAAAGUAGCGUAGAAUUGGAGGAGAUUCGGUCAAAAUCGGCGACGUGCUAAAAUAUCACCGGCCAGCUCCGAUCAAUCCGGACAGAUUAUUUGCUACGCUUCUCUCUCCCCAUAUUCCUAGGGUUUCGUAUCGUCUCUCUCUCUAUCAAAAUUCCAAAUUGUCGCUUCCCUCCAUCUCUCCCCUGACCUUCUCGCCGGUCGGUGCAUUUUCCCGGAAAAUUUCGUAUUUUCCGAAAAUAAACCCGACCCGCGACUGAUUCCCCCGUCCGAUUCCUCUGAAUUACUCUUCCCCCGAUUUUGAUUUCUCUUCCUCUCGAAGAUUGAUUUGAUUGAUCAGAAUAUCUGUUUGCUUUGGGUUGACAUUGCUUUGGCGAUCGUCAAACUUUUCAGGGACCUUGGAGGAAGAGAGAAGGCGGGAAUCGUCGGCCAAUUGUUAUUACAUGGCGAGUCAAGGCGGCUCUUCGAGGAAAAGUUCAACGUUCUCUAGCGCCCCUGUCAACGGCCGGAGGAACUCCAGCGCUGACAUGGGAGCAGCUGGUGACCGGUCGCGAAAAUCAUUCGUCAUUUCUCGUCCUGUGGGUUUAACUGGAGAGCGGACUGUAAAGCGAUUGCGGUUGUCAAAGGCUUUAACGGUACCUGAAAGUACAAGUAUAUAUGAUGCCUGCCGGCGAAUGGCUGCUCGAAGAGUUGAUGCCUUGUUGCUGACUGAUUCAAAUGCAUUACUCUGUGGAAUCCUUACGGACAAGGACAUAGCAACAAGGGUCAUUGCACGGGAGAUCAAUCUUGAGGAGACUCCAGUUUCUAAAGUAAUGACCAGGAACCCGGUUUUUGUUCUCUCUGACACUCUGGCUGUGGAAGCUUUGCAGAAAAUGGUACAAGGGAAAUUCAGACAUUUGCCUGUUGUAGACAACGGGGAGGUCGUCGCCUUACUUGAUAUAGCCAAGUGUUUGUAUGAUGCUAUUGCUCGUAUGGAAAGGGCUGCUGAAAAGGGGAAGGCAAUUGCUGCAGCUGUUGAAGGUGUCGAAAAAAAUUGGGGUCCUUCUGUUUCUGGACAAAAUUCUUUCAUCGAGACACUUCGGGAACGGAUGUUCAGACCUUCCUUAUCGACAAUAGUUCCAGAGAAUUCAAAGGUUGUAACAGUUUCACCAACUGAAACAAUUUUGGCAGUGACAAAGAAGAUGCUUGAAUCUCGGUCAAGCUGUGCUGUGGUUAUAGUUGAUGAUAAACCACGGGGAAUUCUUACUUCAAAAGACAUCUUGAUGCGGGUGAUAGCACAAAACCAUGCCCCAGAUUCCAUGCUUGUUGAAAAGGUCAUGACGCCUAAUCCCGAGUGUGCUACGACUGAUACACCAAUUGUUGAUGCCUUACAUACUAUGCACGACGGAAAGUUUUUGCACCUUCCUGUUGUGGAUAAGGAUGGUGUUGUAGUUGCCGUUGUAGAUGUGAUUCACAUAACUCAUGCUGCCGUGGCCACAGUUGGAAAUGCCGGAGCAGUAAAUAAUGAGGCCACGAGUACAAUGAUGCAGAAGUUUUGGGAUUCUGCUAUGGCAUUAAGUCCUCAUGAUGAUGAUGAUGAAUCUCGAAGGUUUCAUUCUUCUCUUCUUGAGGGAUCCUUGAAAAUGAAUUCCGAAGGAACAGAGUCAGGGAGAACCCUUCCCUAUCCAUCAUCAUUGGUACCAAAUACAUUUUCUUUCAAGAUUGAAGAUAAAAGAGGGAGGAUGCACAGAUUUACAUGUGAGACUCGAAGUUUGACGGAUCUAAUAACAGCAAUUCUUCAACGACUUGGGAACGAUAUUGACCGCAAUAACUUGCCUCAAAUUUUGUAUGAAGAUGAAGACCAUGACAAAGUUGUUAUCGAGUGUGACAAUGAUCUAUCAACUGCCGUAGAGCAUGCAAGAGUGACCGGUUUAAAGGGUUUGAAAUUGCAUCUAGACUAUUCGGGAGUUAGGGGUCACAGAAGAGGGUCGGAGAGGCAACAGACUAGUUCAGGAAGUUUAGAUUAUGCACAAGGAGAUGCGUGGGCAUCGGCUUAUAGCACAGUGGCAGCAGGUGCAGCAUUGGUUGCUGGGUUAGGGUUUUUCGCAUAUUUGAAGAGAUCCGGUAAUUGAUACACACGCUUGCCUGGUAAAUGAUUUUGUAUUUAGUUGAUAGCCAGCUUGGUGUAUUCUGAAUCAUGAACUUGACUGAAGUUGAAGGGCAAUACUACUUGGAGGGUUUUUGUAGCCAUAUAUUGGCCCGUGAAAGAGCGGUUUGGUGCUUGUUUGCAAUUUUUUUCUCUGCUGCGGUGUAAGCAUUGAUCGUUUGCUUUGUUGUAUUGACGGGAAGUUGUGUACAUAGAAUAAAAACAAUGAGCCUGGUGGUUUUUAUGGCUUAGUGGUAGUGAGUUGUCCACUCAUUGCGUGAACUGUGAAGACUGAAAAGGACAGUACCUGCGGAGGGAAAGAAGUUAAGUGUUUCUAGAUCGAAUCGUUCUUUAUUAUGUAUUGUUUCCGUUAAAGUUUGGGACGGAAUGGCUAUAUUAGUGUAUUUUUCAAAAAGUGGCUAUUAUUGUCACAACGCGAAUAGUUAUGGCUAUGAAAGUGUACUUUGCCUAAU